CUCAAAAUGACCAGCAGUUCCACUAUUUUGGUUCUAAAAUCCCAGGCUUUGAUCCUACAAGUGAUGCGGCAGUCAAGCAAAUAUUGUUGCAAAUGAAUGAUCGCAGGCGCGAUGAAGAUGCAUUUGUAAUCGAAGACUUGGAUCAAACCCACAUUCUAAUCAAAGCCGACCAAGAGGAAAGCAUGCGGCAAGAGCUCGAAAUCGAGGUGAGUUGGAGAGUGCAGUGUUUUUACUCAGUGUAUCACAGCAAAGAAGCGAAUUGGGCUAAUAUGACUGCAGUUGGAAAAGAAUACAUACACCGUGGAUGCAUGAUAUCAUUCUAUGAUGGAGUAUUUGUGAGCAAUUGGGUCACUUUUUGUUCAACCUGUUCUGCAGAUA